AUGAAUUCAGAACCUUCGAAUAUUGAAGAAGCGAUAAAUUCAUUGUCAUAUGAACAGCAACUAAAACACCCGUCACCGAAUGUUAAAGAGGAAGCUCUGUAUGAUGAUCUCGACCAAAGUGAAUACACUGAAGAAGAGGAGAUAAAUGUGUUAUGUUCAAGCUCUAUGUCUGUUUAUCCGACACUUGAAAUUCCGGUCGAUUUUACAAUACCCAAAACACCAGUGGAUAAGAACGAGGAGUUUACAAUAAGCAAAGCAUCAGAAGAUAAGAAUGAAGAUAUACUCAAAGCACCAGUGGUUAAGAAAGAAGAUUCUACAAUAUCCAAAACAACAUUGGAUAAGAAUGAGGAGUUUACAAUAAGCAAUUCAUUAGUAGAUAAGAAUGAAGGUAUACCCAAAGCACCGGUGGAUAAGAAUGAAGAUUCUACAAUACCAGUAAAUAAGAACGAAGAUUUUGCAAUAAGUAUAGCAUUAGAAGAUAAAAAUGAAGACCAAGCCAUGAUAUCUGUGGAUCAAGUAUUUUAUGAGGAAGAAAUGGGAUUAGGUUCAGAACCUUUACGGACAAAAAAUGAGAUUACUGAUAUAAUAAUCAAUAAAACUACAUUGGAAAUUAAACCUGAUAUGCAUCUAACAGAAAUUGGCUUUAUACUUCAUGUAGUGAAAAACCAAGUGGUUGUUAAACCUAGUGUUACUGGUGAAUGUAACAUUUUGGAUGUGGGAACAGUUUUAGUUCUAGAUAAUAGGGAGCUUCUUGGUGAAAUCUUUGAGACGAUAGGUCCAGUAACACAUCCAAUGUAUGUGGUUCGUUUUAAUGACUCAUCCGAAAUUAACAAGGAGAAAGUCAUAAAAGAUGCAAAAGUGUUCAGAGUUAAUGAAUUGUCACAUUUUGUAUUUAUUGGGGAGAUUUCUGUGCAUAAAGGAUGCGAUGCGAGUAAUUUAUAUGACGAAGAAGUUAAUGAAGAGGAAAUUGAAUUUUCUGAUGAUGAGAAAGAAAAAUUAUACAAUGCAAUGCAAAAGCGUAAAAUGAAGGAUUCAAUAACAACCAACCGUGGCGAGCGAGGAAACAGAGGAAAUAGAGGAAACAGAGGAAAUAGAAGAAACAGAGGAAGAGGAAACAGAGGAGCCCACCACCCAUACCCGCCUCGAAACGAUCAUGGAGAGAACGGUACGGUGGAUAGUACGGUAAAUAGGGUGGAUAGUGACUUUGAUUAUAACAUCUUAACCCGUCCUCCUGGAUAA